GAGCGAGCGAGUGUUCGUGUGCGCGCGCGCGCGUUCCGUUUUUAACUCCCCCUCCCUCCCUCCCUCCUUCCCUCGCUCUUCCCUUCCUCCCUCCCUCCCUCUCUCUCUCUGUUCUGUCUGUCAGGGAGGGUCUCUUUCCUCUCUCUCUCUUUCUCCUCCAGUCUCGUCAGAGGCUCCCGCUAAAACGGCGAGCGGGUUCCUGUUUCCGUGUCUUUCCAUCUCUUUUCCCCCUUCCCUCCCUCCCUCCCUUUCCUUCCUUCCUUUUCCUCCAUCUCAGAGAGAGAGAGAGAGGCGAAGAAAGGCAGAGGCGACGAACCGACGAGAGCCCGCUGGCGGGCGACGAAGAUUCGGAUGAAUGACCUGUGACACUAGAACUUGGAUUAUUCAUCUUCUCAGAUAAUUUAAGUUCUUCUGUAGGACAAAUGCUGUGAGAACACAAUGUGGUGAAUCAACAGCACAGAAACCCUGGACCUUGUGAAACCAGAGCGAGGAGUUACAAUGUUUACUUUGUGAACUAAAACUGUGUAGUAGUGGGCAGAACAUCUGAAAAUGCGGCCAUGGACUGGCUCCUGGCGUUGGAUUAUGCUCAUUCUGUUCGCUUGGGGGACCUUGCUGUUUUACAUAGGUGGACACUUAGUACGAGACAAUGAACAUCCAGAUCAUUCUAGUCGUGAACUGUCAAAAAUAUUAGCAAAACUUGAACGGUUAAAACAGCAAAAUGAAGACUUAAGACGAAUGGCAGAGUCACUCAGGAUACCAGAAGGUCCUGUUGAUCAGGGUCCUGCUGCAGGAAGAGUACAUGCUUUAGAAGAACAGCUAAUAAAGGCCAAAGAACAGAUGGAAAAUUAUAAGCAACAAACAGGAGAUGUGGGCUUAGGAAAAGACCAUGAAAUAUUGAGAAGGAGGAUUGAAAAUGGAGCCAAGGAACUUUGGUUUUUUCUCCAGAGUGAACUGAAGAAACUAAAAAGUAUGGAAAGAAGUGAACUCCAAAGGCACACUGAUGAACUUCUAUCUGACUUGGGUGAUCAUGAAAGGUCAAUAAUGACAGAUCUGUACUACCUCAGUCAAACAGAUGGAGCUGGUGAUUGGCGAGAAAAGGAAGCCAAAGAUUUGACAGAUCUGGUACAGAGGAGAAUAAUUUAUCUUCAGAACCCCAAGGAUUGUAGCAAAGCUAAGAAACUAGUUUGUAAUAUCAACAAAGGCUGUGGUUAUGGUUGCCAACUUCAUCAUGUAGUCUACUGUUUCAUGAUUGCAUAUGGCACACAAAGGACGCUAAUUUUGGAGUCUCAGAACUGGCGCUACGCUACUGGAGGAUGGGAAACAGUUUUUAGGCCAGUGAGUGAGACCUGUACGGACAGAUCAGGAAGUACUACUGGGCACUGGUCAGGAGAGACAAAUGAUAAAGAUGUUCAAGUAAUAGAACUACCAAUUGUUGACAGCCUGCACCCACGACCCCCAUAUUUGCCAUUGGCUAUCCCAGAGGAUCUGGCUGAUCGUCUAAUUCGUGUCCAUGGAGAUCCUGCAGUGUGGUGGGUCUCACAGUUCGUCAAAUACUUGAUUCGUCCACAACCUUGGUUAGAAAAGGAAAUUGAGGAAGCCACAAGGAAACUUGGUUUUAAACAUCCAGUUAUUGGUAUACAUGUUCGUAGAACAGACAAAGUGGGAACAGAAGCCGCAUUUCAUCCUAUUGAAGAAUACAUGGUACAUGUGGAAGAGCGCUUCCAACUUCUCUCCCGUAGAAUGCAUAUUGAUAAAAAACGAGUUUACUUGGCUACAGAUGAUCCUUCAUUAUUGCAAGAGGCAAAAUCCAAGUAUCCAAAUUAUGAAUUUAUAAGUGACAAUUCUAUAUCAUGGUCAGCGGGUCUCCAUAAUCGAUACACUGAAAACUCUCUGAGGGGUGUGAUUCUGGAUAUUCAUUUCUUGUCUCAGGCAGACUUCCUUGUCUGCACAUUCUCUUCACAGGUUUGUCGAGUUGCCUAUGAAAUCAUGCAGACGUUACAUCCAGAUGCAUCUGCUUUUUUCCACUCUUUAGAUGAUAUCUAUUAUUUUGGGGGACAGAAUGCCCAUAAUCAGAUUGCCAUUUAUGCUCACCAUCCCCGAACUGCUGACGAAAUUCCUAUGGAACCUGGAGAUAUAAUUGGUGUUGCUGGAAACCACUGGGAUGGUUACUCAAAAGGCAUCAAUAGAAAAUUGGGGAAAACAGGCCUAUAUCCCUCCUACAAAGUAAAAGAGAAAAUUGAGACAGUCAAGUACCCCACAUAUCCGGAGGCUGACAAAUAGAGACAACCUGGAUAACUCACACCAACACUCACUUUAAAGCUCUUUCAACCAACCAUACUAACUGUUGGCUUUGGUGGGAUGUGAAUUUGCAUUUUAACAUCUUGUUAAAAUGAAUGCCUUUAUCGUUCAGACUGGAUAUAAAGCUUGGAAGAGUUGGAUGGGCCAUUGUCUGGACUUCCUUUGUUAUAUGCACUCGCACACAUGCACAUUGAUAUACAUUCAACAGAGAAUCUGUUGUUUUAUACAGUCAUCUCCUUAAGGAUAUGUCCUUUCCAUGAGUCAUAUAUGAGCAUUGGGCUCAAUCCUCUGCCAUUAAUAGACUAUAAUAAGACUUUAACACUGCUGCAUUGUGUAAUUUGAGUGAUAUAAGCAUAUUUUGUAUGUGCAGAAUCUAAAACAUGGUGCCUCUCUUUGAAAGAUCAGUGACCUUUUGGAAGAGCCAUGCCAAUCCUGCUGAUAGGCAAGAGUCUUACUUGCCUUGAACUAAUGUUUUUCUGACCACUGAACAUGCUUCAACCAACAGAUUCAAAAAUCAGGCUAGACCUUUCUUUACAGAGGUUUUGUUAGCAAAUUCAAUUUAGUUCAUCUCAUCAUUAAUAAAGAGUACAUCCAACAAUAAAAUAAUUGUCUAGUAGGAACUUUUGUAAAACAAUGCCAUGAUUCUUUAGUACUGUUUCUGGACAUUGUCUUUGAUAACAAAAAUAAAUUAAAAAAAUGAA